AUGGCAGGUCCUCUUUCCGUAGACGAGAUCUUAGCCAAGCAAAAGGCAGAGAAGGAGGCCGCCGCAAAGCCUCGAUUCUUGUCCAAAGCGGACCGAGAACGAAUUGCUCUCGAAAAACGAGAUGCAGAGGUGAAAGCGCGACAAGAGCGUGAGGUGGCAGAAAGAAAUGAAAGGAUAGAUUUCGAGAAAGCUGUAAUGGAGGAGAGACGGAAAGCUGAGACUGCUCGAUUCGGUACUGGUCCGUCUUCAGGACCUAAUGGACGUUGUGAGUCUGACAGGUAUGGACGAAAUGACCGUUAUGAUCGAUACAGUGCUCCAGAUCCUCGAGAUGAUCGUAAUGGUUCACAUCCCCCUGAUCGGCCUGCAAGUACGAACGGGCAACAAAUUCCUACUGGUCCUCGGGGUCAUGCUCCUCCUUCAGCACCACGCAGUAUGCAAAUGGCCAAUGGUAACAUGAACGGAUCUCAUACUCCUGUGAAACCCUCACCACUGGCUAAUUCUUCUACUCCUGGAAGUUCACCCAAACCGACUGUACCUGGUGAUGUGGCUGUCCCGACGGAAGUGGAAUUGGUAAAUAUCCGAGCGAGAUAUUUGGGACAAAAAGUAAACGAGAAAAAACCUAGGGUUAGAAAGACUCAGGAUAAAAAGGUGAUCUUCGAUUGGAAUGCGGCGGACGAUACGACCGCUUUGGAACAGGGAACUUGGACUAGUGAAGUGAAAGGAUUGGGACCGGGAGGUAUCAUGUUUGGCGGAAGAUUAGCUGGGUUUGAUGAAGGUGGGAAACGUAGAGGGCAACAUGCGGCUGAAGAUCAACACGCCGAUGCUUUGGAAAGACGACGAGCAGGAAAGGGAAACAACGACGAUCGACAUUGGUCGGACAAACCCCUAUCAGAGAUGAAAGAUCGAGAUUGGCGGAUUUUCAGAGAAGAUUUUUCUAUUCAAGCACGUGGAGGAUCUAUACCUGUUCCUUUACGAAGUUGGCGAGAAUCAACUAUAGAUCCAAAAGUUUUGAAUAUCAUCGACGAAAUAGGUUACAAAGAACCUUCUCCCAUUCAACGUCAAGCUAUUCCAAUUGGAUUACAAACCCGAGAUUUGAUUGGUAUAGCUAAGACUGGAUCUGGUAAAACAGCAGCAUUCGUCAUACCUAUGCUUGAUUAUAUUUCUCAUCUUCCUUUACUAGACGAUGAUAAUCGACAUCUUGGACCUUACGCUUUGAUCCUAGCACCAACACGUGAAUUAGCACAACAAAUAGAAGGAGAAGCAGCAAGAUUCGCUCAACCAUUAGGAUACGUUUGUGUUUCAAUUAUCGGUGGUAGAUCAGUAGAAGAACAACAAUUCGCACUUCGGAAUGGUGCACAUAUUAUCAUCGCUACACCUGGUCGAUUAAAAGAAAUGAUCGACAAAAGUAUGGUAGUAAUGACACAAUGUCGUUAUGUCGUUAUGGACGAAGCGGAUCGUAUGGUCGAUUUAGGUUUUGAAACGGAUCUAAAUUUCAUACUGGAUUCUAUGCCUGCAACUUUUAUAAAACCAGAUGACGAACAAGCUUUAAAAGGUACAGGACCGGAUGAAUUCAAAGGUUGGAGAGUAACUACUUUAUUUUCAGCUACAAUGCCUCCUGCAGUAGAAAGAUUAGCUAGGAAUUAUUUAAGACGUCCUGCUGUUGUUACUAUAGGUACGGCAGGUGAAGCUGUUGAUACUGUUGAACAACGUGUAGAAUUCGUUACAAGUGAAGAAAAGAAGAAAUCAAAGUUGAUUGAGAUUUUGAGAACAAGUGGAUUACCACCACCAAUGAUCGUCUUUGUGAAUCAAAAGAAAACCGCGGAUAUGGUUUUAAGAUAUGUACAUCAAUCUGGAAAAUCAGCAACGGCUAUUCAUUCGGAUAAAACUCAACAACAACGUGAACAAGCUUUACAGGCUUUGAGGGAUGGCGAAGUUCAAGUUUUGGUCGCUACUGAUGUAGCUGGUAGAGGUAUAGAUGUACCUGAUGUCUCCCUGGUAAUCAAUUGGCAAAUGAGCGACACCAUAGAAAAAUACGUUCAUAGAAUAGGAAGAACAGGUCGAGCAGGAAAGAAAGGUUUGGCCAUUACGUUCCUCACUAACGAUGAUGAAGAAGUCAUGUUCGAGUUGAAACAAGAAAUUUCAAAAAGUCCAGUAUCGACUAUGAACCCUGAGUUGGCUAGACAUGAAGCUGCUAAACAGAAGAUUACGAGGGAGAUGAAGGUGGGUCAAAAACUCUUUUGCUUCAUCCCACAAUUCACAGUCCUCAAUCUGCUCUUUUCCAAAAUCGAUCACAGGCCACUCAACUCCUUGGUUAUAUACAGUAUCACUAUCACAAUUUCCCCGAUCUAUUCAUCACCUCUGCCCACCCGGUCAUUGUGAAGCAUUUGAUACUCUGUCCUGGUCGUAUGACCCUACGCGUUCGCUCUUGAUAUCGGGUAUAUCACUAACGAACAGAGAAAACGGGAUGCAGAGGAAGAUUGAUCCGUCUUCAUCUUCUUUGGCUAUGCAUCCGAGUCUUCGAAAUC